AGAAAUAUUUGCCAAUUACCAAAAAUUUUGAUUUUGCCCAAGUUUGCUGAUUCUCAAAAUUUUUAGAUUAUCGGACACUCCUUAUCCACUAGGAAUUUGAACACUGUUGCCCAAGUUUUGUCCGAAAGUAUUAACCUAGUUGGAUUAGCUUGGCCAAGUUAAGAGAAAUUUGAUUCAGGCCGCGUUCACUAAGAUUUUAUCCAAACCCUGUUAAUCUCUUGUCCGAGUUCAAAACGAUACGAAGGAAAAAUACAAAAUUCCUGCUUUAACUUUUUCUGAACCUAGUUAAAAAUUUCGGACCAAACUUUGACAAGAACCUGGCACCGACAAAACUUUGUCUUGUUUUCUCCAUACCUCAACUCCCCGUUAAUCUGAAUUUUUUCAGAACAAUUUUCACCUCAAUGCAAUCAACAAAAUGAUGCGGCGUAGCUCCAUUCUGUUCUACCUAGCAGUUCUCUCCGAAUCCACGUGGAGCUCAUUUCCCGGUGGAAACUGCAUCGAGCCGUGCAUAGCCGAGAUGCAGCAGUCACUCGAAGCAACUCCACUGCUGCAGAGCGAACAACUUGGCCAAUUGAGCCUGAGCUCCCUGGUAUCAACCUCGUCUAACAAGGAGCUGACCGAAAGGAGUUUUUACGAUAUUUGCCAAGCCUACACACGUGUCGAUUUGUGUCUUCACUCAUGCGAAAAGGUGUCGCAACACUCGGCCAGCAUUCGGAAAACCUAUGCGGGCAUACGAUUCAUCUGUGUGGAGCAUCGAGACGAAUUCUUCCGAUCUCUUCCAUGCCUUGCCGAACACGAAAAGAUUGCCCUCCAACAGUGCCGACCUCAGAUCAAUGAUUCUCUAGCCGCAAGCAAUCGAUUUUCGGUCACAGUACUACGGAAGGAGCAUCACAACCUGAGAUCUCAUUUCGAGAUGCUCUGCAAAAAACUUGGCUCCAUGAUUGAAUGUGUGGAGCCCGUAACACGAGCAGGCUGUGGAGAUCAAGCGGCAAAGAUGAUGCUUCGAUUCAUCACUGUCGGAUUUUCGAGUUUCGAGCAGCUCUAUUCUCAACUGGGUAUCUCCGAUCAAUUGCCCGCGGCUUGCAAGUCGCUGCUCUCACUUCAAAAACGCACGGUGCUCCCCGAGCGUCGCCAUUAUGUCCUCCCGCAGGCUUCUUCGGAGUACAGUGUCUUCAGUUCCACGUCUUCGACUCCGCAUAUUCCAAUAAUACUUUUCUCGUAUCUCAUCCUUUUUUGAAAUCUCGCCUCAUGAUUUAUAAAUAAAACGGGUAAACUAAUUAUCAUGAAACUUAUAUUUUCAAC